AUGGGUCUGAAUGCUCGAGAAGUGGUGAGGGUCUUCGCGUGCAGCACACAGCUCUCGUUCAACCUGUCCAAGGAGAGGUACAACCUCAUGCUGGAGCCAAUCAAGAAGACGGCGCUCAGCCUGCAGCAUGAGAUGGACCAAAUGAAGAAUGCGCUUAGAUCUGUGCGUGAUAUAGUGGCACCUAUAGAGCUUGAGAUCGAGAACGUGGAAGAAGUAGCAAGGAAGCAGGAACAGAAUGAUAACUUGGAUCUUCUCUUCAAGACGUUAUUGCGGUCGUCAGGGAUUGAAACCAAGUAUCUAAAUAUCCCAGAAAAGGGUUUAGAAGAUCAUUUUCAAAAACUAUACGAAAAAAAGUUGGAAUAUAGAUGCGAAUAUGAGUUAACAGAAGCUAAAAAAGUUUGUAUUGAAGCAUUUUCCUUGGCUUACAAUACGUGUUGUGAUAAAGUGCGCCACGUCAAUGCCUGGCUGUUGUGUUGGCCUCUGAGAUUUAAAUACGCCUGCAAUUUCUUAAGCUUACUCCAACAGGGCGAUACUUGUGAUAGCAGGGAACAGAUGGAGCGAAGUAAAUAUGUGGACGUACACUCCAUGUCGUAUGUGAGGACCCAGCACAGUAAACUGGUGACGCAGAUCUUGAAGGUGAUGUUAGAAGUGGUGACAGCCACCACGUUCGUGAUGCUGGACCGCCUUUUCUACGAAGCUCUGGACGUGGUGCGCCAACAUGCACACCUCGAAAAAGCAGUCCAAGCCGUACGUACACACUACCUCUCUGGAGAGAACCUCCUCAGUUUGCGGAUGAAGUUCCCCUACUUGUUGGGCUGGUUGGAUGCUCUACCUGCUGCCAGGAUGACCUGCCUCAUAUGUGGAGAAACAGAACCUAGGACUGGUCAUCGGAUCCCAGGACGAUGGCACUGCUGCAGUCUGCCAACAUGUCCGUUUGUGUACUGUGCGGAGUGCUGGCAGGAGGCGGGAGGGCGCUGCCUCGCCUGCGACCCCUCCCUCAACGAGCUGAGUGACGUCGACUCCCUCAGCGAUGAUGAUUUGCUCCGAUAUUAA